AUGGCGGGCCCCGGGUGCCCCCCGCCUCCCUCCCGGGCAGGGGAGGGGGGGCGCUCAGGGGGCCACACGGAGAGUGGGAGCCGCGGCGGGCCCCCUGCUCCCCCGGCGGUCACAAUCGCCCGGCUCCACGCUGCGGCCGCCGCCGCGGACGACGACGACCGGCCUAACCGUCCCCGCCCCCCGCAGCCCGCCGCGGCGCCGAACCCGGCCGCGAGCCCGGAGGGAGCGCUCCCCGGCCCUGCGCGCGGCCCACCCGUGCGCGCUCCGGUUCUGCGCGCUUGCCUGGCGAGGCCCGGCCCCCGGGCCCUACUCGGCCAAAACGGCCGCGGCUUCCCCGCGCAGGCGACCCGCGCGCGACCGCCACUGUGCCGUGCCAGAAAAGGCUCGCCUGCCCCCGGGACCGCGGAGGGGGGGCAGGCAGAAAGGAGCUCCUAUUCGCUUCUCAUUUCCCCAGCGACAAAGUCUGACGUCGCCGCAUCAGGUUCCCAUCCUAAGCAGCAGGUAAUUGAGGAUAAAUUCCUUAUGUGGGACAACCUGGGAAGCUGUGACACUGCCAGAGUGAGACCAGGCAUCUCUCUGCCAGGAAUUUCAACAGAAAUGACUCUUUGCCCCGGCACCAUGCUACAUGCUGUUGAUACGGUGAUGAAUAAGACAGAACUGAUCCCUGUCCUCAGAGAAUUCUCAUUCUUGUUGGGAGACGGACAAGACCAAACCAAACCAAACCAAACCUAACAGACAAAUAAAUCAGUGCAGGCUGUCAUGAAUGUCCUGAAGGAAAACAAGGGUGAGAGAUGGUGAAACCAAGGGGCACCCUAUUUUAGGUGGGGUGGUCAAAGAAAGCCUUCAGCCGAGACCUAAAAUCAGAGAGGUUAAGCAAUUGGAAAGGGUACUCUAGGCAAGAAACAG